AUGGAAGCCUUCACGUUUGCGACCUCCACUCAGGUCGACUUUCCCGUGCACGUCAAGAUCGGUGCUCUGGAAGGGAAACAAAAACCUGUACCGUUCUCUACUCUCCUUAAAGACCCGGAGUUGCGACAUCUGGGAUCCAACCAAAGCCCCGUGUCCGAUCUCUUCGUAACAGUUCAGCUAUGGUCCGAUUCGAAGCCUCUCGGCGUUCCUAUGCAAACAUCUUACAAAUCCUUCAAGACAACUCGCACAUGGAACGAAUGGCUACAGAUGCCUCUUUGUAUAAAGGAUGCCCCGUUACGAUCUCAGUUGGCCAUCACAGUAUGGGAUCUUUCGCCGCUGGAUAAGGAUGCCUCGAACGGCCAUGGCGUUCCCUUCGGCGGCACUACAAUAUCGCUUUUUGACAACGAUCAAAAGCUGCGGAUGGGAAGACAAAAGUGCAAGAUCUAUAGGAAUAAAGCUGCGGAUGGCUUUUCUUCGACCACAACUCCGUCAACGCCCCCCGCUCAACGGCGCAGGACGAACGGCACUCUUCAACUUAAUCAAACAUUUGAAGAAGCCGAGCUUGAGCGUAUUGAAGGCCUGAUAAAAAAACAUGAGAUGGGGGAUAUCGCACGUAUAGACUGGCUGGACCAGCUUGUGUUUCGUCAACUGGAGAAAAUAAAAAUUAGUGCGGAAGAAGCAGCCAGAAAAAGAGCUACCAUACUACAAGCUGCCAAGAAAACAGACCGCAGGAAGUCAAAGGGCGGAAAUGAAGAUGAAUCUGAUACAGAAGAGUUUGAUGAAGAAAACUUUGUAUUGUAUAUCGAUUUUCCGCGGUUUGAUCACCCCAUUGUUUGGGCCGAUUACGAGUAUCCUCCUCCACCUGUUUCAUCAUAUCCUCAGCAUGCACAUAAUAGUCAUUCCGCCACCCUCAAAUCACCACCAGAGGUGCGUCUAGGGCCAGGGAUUGAAGGCGCUGAUGAUGCAGGAGAUUAUCGAAUCAUCAGAAUAUAUGACCCGGAAGUUGGGCAGACCGGGAACCCUUGCGAAGACAAGCACAGAAGACUUGUCCGCAGUCAUCGAACCGGAAUCAUGGACCGCGAUCUCAAACCAAACCCCAAGAUUCGCGAUGAACUGAAUCUGAUUAUGUCCUAUGGACCCACGCAUGAAUUGACGGCAGAGGAGAAGGAUCUUAUCUGGCGGUUCAGAUACUAUCUAACCCGCGACAAGAAAGCUCUGACAAAAUUCAUAAAAUCUGUAAAUUGGAGGGAUUCUGGGGAGACUCGACAAGCAAUGGAAAUUUUACCUAAGUGGACCGAGAUUGAUGUGGACGACGCAUUGGAAUUACUGGGACCCACCUUCGACAAUGCUACAGUUCGUGCCUACGCCGUGGAGCGUUUACGGAAGGCAGGGGACGAUGAGCUUCUCCUAUAUCUUUUGCAACUCGUCCAAGCCUUAAAGUUCGAGAAUGCACCCGAGGAGAGCGCAGAAGAUGUUGCACACGACUCGUCUCUCGCAAAUUUCCUAAUCGCUAGAGCUGCGAACAAUUUUGUAUUGGGAAACUACCUUCAUUGGUACCUCAUGGUUGAAUGUGACGACACAGGUAUCACAAAUGUAGCAUCCCAUCGACGCCUGUUCGCUCGCGUGGAGUUUUACUUUAUGUCAGAGUUGGAAAGGGUCCACCUCGAGCAUCGAAAGACUUUGCUGCGGCAGGGCGAACUGAUUACUGUCUUGACUCGCAUUGCAAAAGAAACACGUUUAUCGCGGGAGAAUCGUGAGGUGAAGAUCGAGAAGUUGAAGAAAUACCUCAAGGACCCCAAAAACGAGAUCAUCAAUAUAGACCCGCCUUUGCCUCUACCCUUAGACCCAAAUGUUACCAUAACGGGUUGCUUUCCUGAAGAUUCCAACGUCUUCAAAUCCUCACUCUCUCCACUGCUCAUCAACUUCAAAACCUCGGACGGCCGCAAAUACCCUAUUCAUUUCAAAGUUGGCGAUGAUCUCCGUCAAGACCAACUAGUCAUCCAAAUCAUUACGUUGAUGGAUCAAUUGCUACAAAAAGAGAAUUUGGAUCUGAAGCUUACUCCAUAUCGUAUCCUGGCAACGGGCUCAACUGCUGGAGCCGCACAGUUCGUGCCUUCCACUUCUCUUUCAGCAGCAUCAGCAAAAUAUAAAGGUUCUAUACUCGCGUAUCUCAGGGCCAACAACCCUGACGAGUCGGAACCACUUGGUGUUCGUAAAGAAACAAUGGACAUCUAUAUCAAAUCUUGUGCCGGCUAUUGUGUUGUCACGUACCUCCUUGGUGUGGGAGACCGCCACCUUGAGAAUCUCCUUUUGGCACCAGAUGGCCAUUUUUUCCAUGUCGACUUUGGUUUCAUCCUCGGCCGAGACCCUAAACCCUUUGCGCCCAUGAUGAAACUCUGUAAAGAGAUGGUUGAGGGUAUGGGGGGAGCUAAUUCCCCACACUACCUACAAUUCAAACAUCACUGCUUUACGGCUUAUACCACUCUUCGCAAGUCGGCAAACCUCAUCCUCAAUCUGUUCAGCCUUAUGGUUGAUGCCAACAUUCCAGAUAUUAGAGUUGAGCCGGAUAAAGCCGUGCUCAAGGUGAAGGAACGAUUCCACUUGGAACUCAGUGAAGAAGAGGCCAUAAGACAUUUUGAGCAAUUGAUCUCUGACAGUGUAAACGCUAUUUUUGGUGUUGUUAUUGAUCGGCUGCACGACUUCGUGCAAGGGUGGAGGACCUAA